GAUCUGGACCAAUGUACACUCUGUUGCGGUCACCUAAUACAAAUAAAAUGGCUCGAUAACACUUGUUUCAUUCAACUUCUGUUGACCAGAGAGGAAAAGAUGCAUAUGAAAGAGCUUGUUUUCAGUCUCAUCUUGCUAAUGCAAGCAUGUGGCCCACUUUUGGCCCAGACAUCAGUGCUAGUACAACCUGACUCUGCAGGAAUACUGCAGAGGCUUGCGGAGAAAGCCAGGGUAGCCAAAGCUAAAGUCCGGGUUUUUGGGGGAGCAGUGCUGGACUUCGUCAGUGCUUACUACGAAGACCACAUCCAACCAGUGACUGACAGCUAUGCUGAAUGGGCCUCUAAUAUCAAAAGCUCUAUGUGGGAGAAGAUCCAGACAACCAUUGACAACUACAUGCCAUCGGAAGCAGCUAGUCCAACUGAUCAACCGCUUCAAAACUAAAGAAAAGCUGACAAUAAAGAAAAUUCUUUCCACAUGA